AUAUUAGCUUCCUUCUAGAGGAUCAUGGGAAGCAAUCCUGCUUUUGAAGCGGAGGGAUUUUCGAAACAUUUCUGAAAUAUCUUCGUUAUAUAAUGUAAUAAAACCGCAACGUUAAAACACUAACCAUCGUCUCAUUAGUAUAACCGUAUAAUCAGAAGGAAGAGAUGUUAAAAGAUGGAGCUGAAGCUGGAGGUUGUUGUGUCAUCUAGCAUCAAACGGAAGAAACCAUGGCCGCGAUUCUGCUGGCUGGGGCAGGAAAAGGAGUCUGUUUUUCUGUUGGAUGACAAACGGAUCAGUGAGAUCAACAUGGUGUCUGGUCGCACCAAGAAAAAGAUCCCUAAACUCCAUCCUCUACUUAGCAGUGUGGUGAAAAUGACUCCAUCUCACAAUGGGAUGUGGCUGUGUGGAGUUUUGGUGUCUGGAGAGUUAUUUUUGUGGAACAGGGAUAAAGAUUUACUGAAGACUGCAACAGCAGUGCCUGAAGUGAUUCAGAUGAUCAACUCUGCUCAAGGAAAUUUUCUAAAGUUGUGCCUACAGGUUUCAUGCGAUGGGACGAGAGUGCUCCUGACUACGAUAACUGGGCAGGUGUUCCUGUGGGAGUGCACAGAGAGGAAGGAUUUUCCAGGCCUGCGGGAUGGCCCUGUUAAAGGGCAGUGGACUAAUUUAUUGCCACUUAAAGAGACGAUUUUGCCUUCUUCAAAAGAUAAAGAAGCAUCCCAGCAGACCAUCUUUUUAAAAACAGAGGUUAUGAUGGACAUUUGCUUAUCAGCAUUUAUUUUCAUCUCUGGGAAGCAGCUUGUUGUCACCAUUCUAAAAAUUCAGUGGAGCCAAGGCAGUGUGAGGAUGGGUUCUGUUGGUUACACCAUACAGUGGGCUUCCAAAACAUACCCCAUGUCUCAUCUGUACCCACCCUGCCAGCCAGUAAAGUCCAGAGGAGCCUUAGUUCCAGCCUUUUCUCCUGAUGGACGCCUGUUAGCCAUUGUACUGAACCAGAGGAAGCCAAAGGACACACAGGUCCUUUUUGUGAGCAUGCAGAACUUUGUUUCAAUAUCAAGCGACCUGGGAGGAUGUGGAAGCAAGAAAAUGGAUAUCCCAUCAAAAUAUGUUAGGUCCUACUGGGUGAGUAGCAUCAGCUGGUCAGCAGGAGGCCUUUUCCUUGCCUGUGUCUUAAAGAGGGGCUCCCUCCUGAUGCUGGCUCGCCUUGGUGGGCUUCUCACCCUGACAAGUUCUGGUUGCAAUGUUGAUUUUGGUCCUGCGCACUUCCUGCCCCUCCAUCCGCUGGUCACCUACAGACCACCACUCUCUGGAGAGAAUGGAGAGGCCUCUCUUUCCAGCUCCAGCUUGUCUCUACGUGAUCUAAUGAGGCAGCGGUUUUCUGUCACCUGGCACCCCCGACUGCUAUAUCUCAUUGUGUCUGACGGCUACAUGGCCACAGUUAUGAAGGUGCAGGGCAGACUUUCAGCAGCACUCUUCCUGAAUGCUCUUCUAAAAGAAGCUGGCAAGGAUCUGGAAAAAGCAAGCAGCAAAUUAGAAAAAUCCCAGGUUCAUGUGAAGGCUUGGCUGGAGUCUAUGUCUUGCUUUAAUUCAGACAGCAGCCUUGAGGAGCUCAGUCCGUCUGUCACAUGUCGGCUUAAAGUGUCAGACUCCACCAUUUUAGCGGCGACAGAUCAAACCAGGCUGCCGCUGUUCCUGCAGGACCAGCAGACACUGGGUGGUACCAAGGAGCUCCUUGAAAGCAUGCAGACUUUCUUUGAAGAGGACUCUGAUUUGGAAGGACUUCCUGUUGGUUCUCGUGUGCAGGAAGGAGGCCGUUUAGAGUUUGCCUCAAUGUUUGACACUCUCCAUGCAAUGGACACUUACAGUGAAUCUGUUGUUGAUACAAACAGCAAGAAGAGACAAACAGAAAAGAAGAACCCUCUUUAUUCUGAGAUGGGGAAGAUUCAGAGGAAGCUGCUCACGGCUUGGGCUUUUGCCAUGUCAUUGGGGGAUGAAGUUGAACACAGAGUUCAUCUUCUGAAGCGUACGCUUUACUGUGUGGUUUGGUUUGCAGCUUUACUCCACCUGGCCCCCAUACGAGCAAGGGAUACCCCGGUUUCUACACGCUUGCUCCACCUCAUUAAAGCUCUCCUGUCUUUCCUGUCCUGGGACAGCCUUUCCUCAGAUGGACAGCACUGCUUGGGGCUAAUGGUGGGGUUUACUGAAAGGAUAGUGAGUCUUCUGUUCACCCCUCAGCCUGAAGGCCACCUGACUGAGAACUACCUUUUAUCAUCUCAAAGUUUAUCCAGGAUAAUUCAAAUCAUGCACUUAGUCUCCGAUUCUCUUGACUGCACUUACAGCUUAGAGCAGAAAACAUAUUGGUCUCCUGAGGAGUUUUCCUCUUCCCAGCCAUAUCUUUGGUCUUCAGAUGUUUACCAUGUACCCCUGCUGCAGGCUGUGAAUAAAGACACACCUGCUUUUAAACAUCAGCCGAUACCUGUUCCUCGGCAACCUUCAAGCAGAUUGCUUGGAGUCUGGCAGCUAAUUUAUGAUGUUACUCAGCGGUAUGCAGAGGAACUGAAGAAGCUUAAAGGCUGCGACGGCAUGGAGGAAGAGGAGCAAAAACUGUCUGCCAUCACAUCCCAGAUCCAGACAGCUCUGCAGGCAACAGGAGAAAACCUGGAAGAGGGGCGUUUGCUGCUGGAUUACCAAGGCGAGGACCUUUUCCUUUGCGGUUUGUACGCACAAAGUACACAGAUGUUACGAUUACAAAUCUGUGAGGAGGCAAACAAAGGUGGGAAGCGCAGUGUGUUCCAGGAGACGCGGCUUUGUCUGGCGCUCCUAUAUAGUCUGUUAUCCCAGUAUCACCUGAGAGAAGGCCAGGAGUUGGGGGACCACAUGGCUCAACUACUUCUGCUCAGAGCUGGAAACCAGACUGAAAGUUUGACUUGCAAUUCAGAUCAUCUUCCUUACCCAUGGCUGCCCAUGGAUCUUCCCAGUGAUGCCGCCCUUGCUGUAGUUCAGGCCCUCGGAAGAUUCAUGGCCUCUUACUUCACCAACCAGCCUCUCUUCAUUCUGCCUGCUCACAAUGUGUCCAUCCUGCCUCCUCUGCACCUACCUCACGCCUCAAAUAUCGGCCGUUUGGUGCCUUUGUCCCAAGAAGAAGUGGCCAAGGCAGUUCGACAGCAACACCUGUCAGAGGUGUGGACAGUGGACUAUGCCCAGGACUUGCUGCUGUUGGGGGGUCUCAUUCCUGAGGCUGUGUGGUUGGCAUCUCAUCUGGGCGACUGGAAAACUGCAGUGACUCUAAGCCUUGCCUACACCAGUUACUGUUCAAGGCAUUUUGACUUUACUCAGAUUAGAAGGAGAGAUUUCCUCCUACCAUCAGAGUUACAGCCAGAAAGCAUUUUUCAGGCUGAGCUGAAGAGUCUUCUUGGCAGUAAAACAGAUUCAGAGAAGACUUUUAAAAAUGGGAACGAAUGCUUUACAGAUCCUUCGGAAGGAGAAGAUUGGGAGUUGUUACAGGCUUCUGUGCAUGAAAUCCUGAAAGCUUCAGCCAUGGCAGGAGUGAAUGUCAUGUCGUUUCCUUUGUCAACGUUGUUGGACAAAGCCAAAGACAUGUGCUCGUUCCUGCCCACACUGGUACCCGCUGAAGUGUACCUGCCUGCGCCUCCUCUGUAUUGCCCACAGCCUUCUCUAAACACACAGGACCAAAGUUGCGGCCCUGAAGAAUUUGCUGAAGUUGUUUGUCGUCACAAAGUCUCCGGAGUUCUCCAAAGAUUGCUCCUUCUUCUGAGAUCUGCUCAUUGUUGCCGUCCUGCUGCACAGUGGUACAUCAGUCGUCUGCGGCGUGCCAGACACAUCCUUCACAAGAUUAAAAAGAAGUAUUCCUAUCCAUCAGCUGCUGAGGAGGAAAAUACUUUCCCUGAGGGACUAUUAAAGUUGAUCAGCCGUUCUGGAUACUUUAGACGGGACCCUAAUAAAGACGACCACCUGGACCCUGACACCAUCCAAACCAUCAUUUGUUUCAGAGAGCUUUGUGCUUUAUGCUGGAUGCUCCAUGUCAGGGAUCAGCUCUCCCUUCUAUGCAGGAAGUAUCAGGCUGCCAGACAAGAAGCGAUCCCAGAGGAUUCCCAGGUGAAUUCAGCCAAUGUUAAUGCUCUUCUAUGGGCUUGUCGUCUUCUGCCUUUCAUCCACUUCCUCGGUGGUGAGGAGGUCCUUCAGGACAUACUCCUCAGUCUACUGUCUGAACUUCCCCCUGUGCCAUUGGUGGCGGAGACGCUGGUUCGAGUCUUCCCCCAGGAGGAAGAUUCUGUCAGAGUGUCUUUAAGAGAGAAAUAUAACUUGCUGCUGCAGAGGCUGGGCCAGUGCAACCUUGAAGAAGGAGGGGAAGAUGGGAACAAGUUGAAAAUGAUUUUUGUUCAAGACAGAAAGAGACACAGGAGGAAACAUUUUGGGCGAUUGCAGAGGCAUUUGGCCAUGCCUGUGCUCCAUCUGUGGACGAAAGCAGAUGAAGAGGAGGAAAGGGGGGGGAGAAAUGACAUGGCCACUUUGGGGCAGCUGUCCUUGGCUACUACUGUGAGCACCAGCAGCUUAACCGAUGGUGGGUUCCAGCCAGUGUGCAGCGAUGCAGACACUGCAGCGAACACACCUGAGGCCAUCUCCCCUGAACGGCACAAGAGCAGGAAAAAGAAAUCAAAUAAAGAUGACAAGAAGAUCGAACCUGAUUUGGAAAGUGACCUUAAAGGGAACCCCAACAUUACAGCGAGAGACAAGGAGCAGCUUUCUCUACCAGUGGUCGGCUCCUGGGAGUUUGAGCUGGAAGAUGAUGAGUACCUAAAUUUCUUGGAGCUCUUCCUUAGCUAUGUGCUAGAGAAGGAUACUACGGAUGCUAUGGACUGUGGAGAUGAGCUACCUUUGUUGAAAGGCUUCAGCUAUCAGCUAAGGGAGAAGGAGCUGCAUUCAUUAACUUUCGAUGUAGUCUCUACUGUGCAUCGUCGUCAAAGAGGUGGGCACCUCCUAGAGACAAAGCACUCAGGGAAGCCCUCGUCUGUUUUUAGAGCGGGCUGUUGUUAUAAACAUAAACAAAACCCGAUAACCGAAGCACAGACUUCUUCAGUUUGGAGUGAAGAUCCCAUUUCCAGGGACAGCAUACCUGUCAGCCUUCAUCUCGGGCAGAGAACUGAGAAACAUAGAGGUUUGUUUGGCCUCAGGCAACAGAGCGAUAUCUCAUCAGCAAGAGUAAAGAAAGCAAAUCUUUCCUCUACUGUAGAACACCCCGCAGAGAGCCUUAAACCUGGCUUUUUAUCAUCGGUGGAAACUGUCACUGACUUACAGCAGGGCCUGGAUCCUGAGUUAGAGGCCCGGUUUCCAGAGCUGGGCAGGCUGCUGGAGUGGAUGGUACGCUGGGCUGAUAGAAGGAUCCUCUUAGGACAUCACAAUAAAAAGAAGAAUGACUCUUCAGGCAAACCGGAUGAGGGAGUUGUGAUUCGUGUGAAAGCAACAGCACCUGCUAUCCUUACCUCUUUAGGUUUGCUGGAGCACAGGUAUACGACUUCACCCCAAACUGAGCAGUACACUUCCUACUGCCACGUCCCUGAAAUGCAAUGGACUGUUCUCCCUAUGCUGCAUUCGGAUGUGGAAAGAAAGACUGAGAGAGAAAGCAGCAUCGAUACUGGCUACCCUGGAUCUGCCAACACUCCCAUCACUGGUCCUGAUCUUAAAGUGCAACAAGAAGAAACCUCUCCUUCUGUCAUGGAUGAACGCGAGGAGCUGACGUCUCCUCCUCCAGUGGAUCAGGUUCAGCUCAGACCUCCAGGUUCCCCACAGCCCAGUUUCACUGACUUGGAUUUUAUGCCUGAAAAAGACAGAAGCUGGGACAGUAAGAGCGUUGCUGUGAUACCUUCUGAUUCCAGUGAGGCUACCUCCAAAGAUGUCUGCACGCCUGAAACGAGCUUAAAGCUUGAAGACCUUGACUACGCUGAAAAACGUUUAUCCAGUUCCCAAUCCCAUUAUCCUCCUGUUAAGCCAGAACCUCCUGCUCUUCCAGAUUUACACCGUGAACCUCCUCCUCAUGCUGAAUCUCCUGAUUCAGGUCCCGCCCCCCUCCCCAACCCUUCUACUGAUCAACCAUCUCUCCAACCACAGAUCUCCACAGCUGGUGCGCCCCCUCCUGAUUGUACAACUCCUGCUCCGCCUUUGAUAACUCCCCCAAUGAGACAGCGUCUGGGUGAAGACCUACUCAGACUGGUUCAGCACAUCAACUACAUGAGUUUGAAUGAGGUUUUAGGAGCUACGUUCUCUAGCCUGCAGCUGGCUCAGAGGAGCUCCUCUUCUGUCAUCCCUGGCAUGAACUCCUCGCAGCCUAAUGUGCCUUCAUCUUCUGUUACUCAAGUUAUUCGGGAGGAAAACAUUUUUCCAGUUCAAAACGCUACCUCUGCCGUGCCUCGAACACAUGCGUGUUUGCCAAAGUCAGAAUCCUCUGACCCCCAGGUGAAUCAGAUGGAGUCAUGUCAUUUUGCAGCCCAGCCUGUCAUGCAAAAAACAGGAGACAAUCUGAAUCACUGUGUGAUGCAGCCGCUCUCUGUCCAAGCAGCGUCACCAGAAAUUCAGGAAAGUGAAAAAAGGAGACUGAUCCCUUCUUCACAUGGGCUCUUGGCCACUACUCAUGGCAGUGACACUAAUCCACACCUGCCCCCUAAAGGCAGUGCACAGACUGGCUCUAAAGGCAGUGGACAGACAGGCUCUGCUGUGCAGAUGUUGGGUCUGAAGCUACUUAAACUCCAUCAUUCUGCUACGUCCCAGCAGGCUGUCCCACGCUUUGCUGCACAGCACACGCAGACUCCUGAGUCCCACCAGCCCAAAGUUACACUCUAUCAUCAAUCAACUUGGAAAAACACAGAUGGACAGCAUCUGACCUUUAACCCUUCACAUGAUCCACCUCACAGGAACUCUCCAUCGCCCAUAUGGCCGCUGGGAGCGUCCGUCGGUCAAACUUUCCCUCUACUCCCUCCUGCUUUUCAGACUCCUAUAUCUACAUCGCUGCAUGGCCUUCGCCUGCUGCAGUUACAGGAUGUUCCUCGUAGCAGCAUUCGCUUCCCCAAAUUAACUACAGCAGUUGCACCAAGACCUGUUGUUAUUUCUGCUGGAAUGACAGAAGCACCUUUAAUUAGGCUUUUACACAUUGAUCCUGGACCCAAAGUGAUGGAACCCCAGGGAAUUCAUUCAAACUCAAUGAGUCAUCUUAUGGAGGAGUUGACAAGUGCAGAAACCUUGCAGCAAGAUACUAAAGUGGCUCCACUGCAGUUACCUAGACAAGCUGAAUCCUAUGAAGGCAUUAGAAAGCUAACUAGCUCCCUAAGCUUGAGUUCCAGUAAAAGGCAAAAGAGGAGAGAAGAUAAGACAAAGGGAAGGAAAACAGAAGUGUCAUUUUGUCUAAAUGAGUCCAUAAUCCCGGCAAAAGAGGCAGCUCACGUACCUGAAAGUAAAGAAGCUGCAAUUACUGAAGAGAUCAAACCUGCACAGGACAUGACAGUUGCAGGAUCCUCCAGUGAUUUGCUGACCGAUAAUAGAUUACUGGAAAAAGUCUUCUCCACUUCAGCCGAGCUCCAUGCCUUCGCUUCAACAAGCAAACAUCCCCCGGAGUGUCACGAUGCUUUCACUAACACAGAGCCAGCUCUUACUCCUACAGUUGAGAACAGAUCUGUUUCUGUCCAGGCCUCAGUAAAAACUAGCAGCCCAAAAAUGCAAAGUCUAGAGAAUUUCCCAGAAGACCCUGUUCGAGGCACAGUGGAGAACCAGCAUGAACCAGAGAUGUUGAAGGAUCCUGCUGGCCGCCAGUUUCUAAGCGUCUUCGAUCUGGAAGAUGUGAGGCAGCAUGAAGCUGUGUUGCCAUCCUCCAGCUUACAACCACGGGAUGUUUCUUCACCAACUUCUGCCCAGCUUCAUGUUCUUGCCACCUCUGUCUUUAGCUCUGCUGCUCUAAAUGGGUCACAACCCUCAACCUCAGUUCCAAACGAUCUGUUGAAACCCAGAUCUACCACAGAAGUCCCUGAGGCUCCUCCUUCAUUCAGUCAUUCUGGCUCCAGUAGACCUGCAGAGAGAAUCCCUUUAAAUGGCGGCGCAUCGGUAGAUUCGGGUGAAUCCAAAACCUGUCGAGCCAUAAAGGACCAGACGCGUGUCUCUGACAGAGCCCCUUCCUCACCUCCUGCAGUUUGCUUCUCUUCACGUCUGUCAGAGCUUGACUCUCAGCUGGCUGCUUUGCAGAACAUCGCAGAUCGUCUUGAGAUGGACUUUUCACAUUCAAGAAUGCUGGUAAACAAAAUAGAAAAGCUGUCCUCAGAAAGUGAGUCUGAUGCAAAGGGAUUUAAAAGAAGUGUCAGACUUUCUGCUCCAAUCAAAGCAUGGACGUCAAGGACAGAUCCAGACCUCUUACCUGCUUUGAAGGAAUGUGACGAAAUUAGGGAAGAACAGGAAGAGGAAUCCAUGUUUCAUAAAGUCUCCUGCAGUCCUGCAACAAAGUCAUCACCUUAUGAUUCAACCAAAUCUUUCUCUCCAAGUCGGGGUCCUUCCUCUGCUCACAUCGCUCCAGGGAAAAAAGAGCACUACAGUGAAAGCUACGACGUGUCUCACGAAUGGACAGAAAUGAAUCUGGGUCAGACUGAGUUAUCCGACACUAUGGAAAUCUUAGACGAGUUGGUGAAGGAAGGCUACUUAUCUCCCUCUGACUGGGAACCCACUCAGACUGCAGGCCCAAGCAGGAGGCAGGACCAACAGCAACAUGGCUGGACAUCCCAAAACAGUACACGUACUGAGGAGGAAAAGAAGGACCUGAGGAUUUGGAUGAGACAAAAACAAAGGGAUAGACUGGCAGCUUAUCAGAAACACAGACAGAGCCUGAGGGAGAGGGAGCACAAACCGUUCUCUGCCUCUUCAGCAGGGCUAUCAGCAAGCAGAAAACAAUCGAGCAGUGGGAGAAACAAAGAUGAAAAAGAAAAGUCCAUGCUUCUGAAGCAAUCCUACCAGAGAACACAGGAGGCUUGCUCUUUGGCCAAAGAUAUCCUCAGUUCUUCUGUAACUGCAUCCACUUCCACCCAGGGUUUUGGGCCUCCAGUUCUCUCCAGCACCUGGUUGAUUUCACCUCCAGCCCCCUCUCCUUUUAACGCUUCGAGGCCUCUGACCAUAGCAGCUAAUGAUAAAAGAAGUCUUAAGUCUCAGUCAGGAGUUUCCCCUCCACCCCCACAUUAUUCUGCAGAAGGGAGACCUUCAGAAGAUCGCAGCAGAAGACUGGGACUUCAUCGACCAGUAACAUUUUUGCCGGGGGAUCGACUGUCUCAGAUAACAAGGCGUGGAAUGCUAAGCAACACCAAGAACCAAUCCAAGUUUCAUGAAUCUAACCAGAGUCAGGGCCAGCGUGUUGGAUUCCAAACAAGAACUGGAUCCAACGACACGGUUUCCUGUGGAGCUGCUUUACGAAGAGGGAACCAGAGGGAACUAAGACAAGUAAAGGAGCCUAAGACUGGGGAAGACUCUUCCUUGGUUUUAGACAGGAUUUUAGAUGGGCAGGAUGGUGCUGUGCCAGGUGGAGUUUCAGAAUUCGACUGGCUGGAUGAUCUCUCUGACAGCGCAGGCAGUAGUCUGAGCAGAAUAGACUGGGCUGCUAUUGAAAGGAUUGUGGCUACAGAAGAAGACUAAUAGGAGAAACAACUACUGUACAGUAAUCUUGAUCAAAUAGUACCAUAGCUGCCUAUAAUCAGAAUUAUAAAUUGUAGAUUUAAGAAUAUGUUCUUUAUUGUCUGAAGUUAGAUAUGGAAACUUUUUAAACAUUUUUGUUUUUAAUGUCUUUAUGAGUUAUCUUUAUAUUUCUAUUACUAUGUCUUAUUGACUGUUUUUUAAGCUGUGGUUUAAUUAAAACCCUUUAUUAUAAA